AUGAAUGUCACACAGCCUACACAACAAGCCACUCAGGCUACACAACGAUUUCUAGUAGAAAAGUUCUCUCAGGAACAAAUAAAUGAAAAUAUUGUCUGUAGGAUAGUUUGCACCAAUGGUACAAUUCCAAUUAAAGACCUUACCAUUGAAAUUCAAGAUGUCCUCAAAAUUAAGACACCUAUUAAAAAAGUUUGGACUUUUGGUAGAGGAUCUUCACCGGCUGUAGAUUAUCAAUUUGAAAACCAUAGCCGGUACUCCAGUAAACAUUUUCAAAUAAUGCUAGGGGAAGAUUGUAAUCUGUUGUUAAGAGAUAUAUCCACUAAUGGUACAAUAUUAAAUGGGGAACGAAUCCCUAAAAAUACAAAUCAAUUAUUAUCUCAAGGUGAUGAAAUUACCGUCGGAGCAGGUGUAGCUAGUGAUGUGUUGACGUUAAUGGUCUUCAUCAGUGAUCGAUUUAAACAAGCGUACGAGAGAGCGAGACUCGAUGAAAUAACAAGUGGUUCGAAAUUGUCUCCAGGUAACAGUGCUGGUAACAGCAACAAUGUAAUUAUAGAUAAUAAAUAUUCGAGCCCGAUAUAUAAAGAUUUCUCUAUCGAGGACAGAGUGGUAGGUCAAGGUGCUUUUGCUACUGUGAAGAGAGCUGCAGAAAGAAAGACAGGGAAGACAUAUGCGGUCAAGAUAAUUAAUAAACGGAAAGUUAUGGGUAAUAUCGAUGGUGUCACGCGAGAAUUGGAAGUCUUGGAGAAAUUAGAUCAUCCACGCAUAGUUAGAUUGAAAGCAUCAUAUGAGGAUGACAUAAAUUAUUAUAUGGUGAUGGAAUUUGUCUCUGGUGGUGACCUUAUGGAUUUUGUGGUAGCUCAUGGUGUAGUAGGUGAAGAUGCUGGUAGAGAAAUCACUAGACAAAUCUUGGAAGCAAUUGAAUAUAUCCAUUCUAUGGGGAUCUCUCAUAGAGAUCUGAAACCGGACAAUAUAUUGAUAGAACAAGACGACCCAGUGUUAAUCAAGAUCACGGAUUUUGGGUUAGCAAAAGUUCAAGCCACCGAAUCAGGUUUAAAGACAUUUUGUGGGACAUUAGCAUAUGUGGCACCCGAGGUUUUAAAUAAUAGAUCAGGGACAUCAAAUAACGACGAACAGCAUAACGAAUAUUCAAACAUGGUGGAUAUGUGGUCCUUAGGUUGUCUAGUAUAUGUGAUCCUUACCAGCCAUCUGCCCUUCAGUGGCAGUACGGAACCUGACCUUUAUGAGAAGAUUAUUCACGGAUCGUAUCACGAUGCUCCAUUGAGAGACUAUAGAGUCUCUGAAGAAGCUAAGGAUUUCAUCGAUUCUUUGUUACAAGUCGAUGCCGCUAAACGGUUGACGGCAAAGAAAGCAUUACAACAUCCAUGGAUAAGGAUGGGCUUACUCAGUACAUUGCCUAAUGGUAACUCUGAAUUGGGUAGUCAAUUUUCAGAAGUUUCAUUAUCUCAAUCCAUGUCACAACAAAGAGAAUUGGAAAACUUAGACGAUGCUCAAUAUGAACUGAUUAAAAAUCUUAGACGGGAAAACAUGGUCAAAUUGGAAGAAGAAGAGAGCCAGGAAGUGAAACCGGCAGGGUUUAAAGUACCUAACAUUCAACCGAUGAGGUUUACUCAACCUGGUACACAACCCCCAAUGGCGUCACAACCAUCUCAUAAACCAAAAGUUCAAUCAUCCAACAAAAACAAGAUCAAGAAAACUAACAACAGCGGUGUGUUUAUGACUUUAACACCCGUACCCAACAGUUCUAUUACUGAUAAUAUUAUAAUGAGACAAGGUGUCAAUCCAUAUUUCAUUGGAAGAUCACUCGAUUGUAAUACUACUAUCGAUGAAACCAGAUUAUCUCGUAUUAAUUGUUUCUUUAUGAAGAAUAGACACGUUGUUGGUGAUAGUUUUUAUGAAUCACCUGCUCUAGGGUUGCAAGAUCUAUGGUAUUGUCAUAAUGGUACUAACCCAUCAUUUGUCAACGGUAUCAAGAUAGAAAAAGGAUUUAAAGUUUUAGUCAGGGACCACGAUAUCAUCAAAAUCGUAGAGGAUACAACAGAUAAGAUAAUGAUUGGGUUCGAAGUAAAACUCGAAGACACAACAGGUAUAUUUAUAGAGGAUAAUGGCCAAGAGAAAAGAAAUAUCUUGAAACAAACACCAGAAGAGAAAUUACUUCCUGAGAGACUAACGAAAUUCAUGGCUAUACGCAGAGCAGAGGCAAUUUCCAAAAGAAAGGCAAAUGACAAGCAGAAAAAUAUGAACGGAUUGAAUUCAUCGCCAGAUAAAAACACUGGCGAGAGUAAUAACAUUAAUUCUCACGAACUAAUCGACCCAAGUGAUCCUAACAAUAAAAAACGUCAUGACCAGGUACCACAGGAGGAACCUGUUAAGAGAACCAAACGUGCGGUUUUAAACCAAGAAAAUCUAGAUAAACACAACACCCAAUUUAUGUAG